GAUGAAGCGCGCCAGAAAUGUUCGAAAAUUUUCAAAUUUGGUGCCAUACUCAUAUGUGAAUUAGCUGUUAUUCUGUGGUGUUGAAUGGGAAAAGUUUCGUACGACAAAAACUCGGUUUUUACGAGAAUUCCGAGAAGUACCCGGCUGUUUUUCAAAAAUUCAAGCAUAUUUGGAAGGUUUUCAGGAUUGAAGUAUCAGGAAUGAAAAACAAUUUCCCUUUUUUCAUGUCAGCUGAAGAAUUGUCAAUUGUCAUCAGUCACUCGUGUCAGUUUGGUGCUCCUGUUGUCAAAGGACAACUGUAUCAUCUAAUGGCGGUGAACUUUUUACGAUUUAGAAGUAGAAAUUCAUAAAUAAUUUAGUAUUUUACUGUGUGAAACGGUAGUUUUAAUUCCAUAUUUAUAUGUCCUGGGUAAAAGGGGCGAAAUGGCGUGGAGGAAUAUAAAGUAGUGGCGGUUCUGAAGUCGGUGGCUCUAGGCUCCACAUUUGGUCUUUUUUGAAUAGGAAAAUGGCCCCCCAGCCUGACAAUGAUAAUACACCUAAAGCACCCGACAAAAACGAUAAAACCAAGGGAGACAAACAUGCUAAUUCCGAUACUAAUAAAGAAAAGAACAAAGAUUUCAAGACCUUGAACAAUUUAAAUGACUGUGAAUUGAAGGACUUGUUAGAUGAAGCUAUCACUUAUAAAAAUCCUAAAGAUAGAGAAGGAAAGAGCACACUUUUCAAGGAGUUACUUAGCCAAGCCGAAGAAUCUGAAAGAAACGCAAGAGCAGCCAGUGCGGGAGGCUCCGAACAAGUUAGAUACUGUAAUACCUCUGCGAAAAGGUCUAAGCAUCGUCGGAAACCCAAUAGUAUAUCGGAGAAUGUCAUGCAUGGGGGAAGCCUCGACAAUCUGGCAAAGGAGGACCUUUUCGAGGUUGCCCAUCACCUGAGCAAGCCGAAGAGGACUGUCAGCGCGAGACAGAGGGAAGGAGGGAGCCUCCCAUCAAACGUCAACGCUGGCAGCCUCGCCUCCUACGAUCCUCAUUUUUUGGAGGAGGCCCGUCGAAAGAGAACUGUCAGAGGUGGGGGGCCUCCGGAGCCUAUGGAAGUUGACAUGGAGACGGCCAGCCUGCUGGAUCAUGAUUCGGUAGCCGAGAAUUACGAGAGAGGGGCCCCUGGGGAGGCGGCAGAGAACGCCACGAACCAGGGCGCCCCAAAGUUCACCACCAAAGCCACCCUGCAAGUCAAUGUCGAUGAUGCCCUCCAUUUCAAGGAUCUCGACCACGUGGAAAAGAAGCAUGACAUCGAACAACAAAUAUCUGCAAAGGUGUUGCAGACCAAGUACAGCGUUUUCAUCCAGGAUUACGGCUCUAUGACUGAAGCACCAAAGAAGGUGGAUGAAAAUGGCAAUGCUUUACAUCAGAACACUGUCUCGAAGGCCAAAAAGAAGAAAGUGCAAGCAGAGAAGAACGUUAUGAGUUCUUAUUCGGCAGAGAAGCUGGUAGGUCACAGGAGCGACAUCAUCAACGACGUGGACAAACUGGUCGAGUUCAUCGGAGACGGCGGCGCCCAGAACAAGGCCAACUCGCAUCGUCAGAAGCAGCUGCACAAGAACGCCGCCGACGUGGGCGGCAAGGGGGGCAAGAAGCAACGCGCCCAGUGCUCCAAGGGCGCCAAGGACACGGCCGCGAGGAACGAACUGAAAAAGAGCAACUCCCUCGAAGAGGUAUCGACGACAAAGCUGGAUGGAUUCAAGUUUGAGGAGGACGGCAACGAGCAGAAGGAGGAAGAGGUCGUCAAACCGCUGCACAAGCCUAAGAUCGACGCGGUCCAAGAGAAGACGAAGGCUGCCGAGGUGGCAGUGGAGAAACCCAAGACUGAGGUUAUAGUCCUCGAUAAGCCCAAGGAGAGGAAGUUGUGGGACAACGUGGAGCAUUCCGCCUUCUCGAGGACCCAGGCCUCGGACAGCGUGGAAGCCUCGUCCGAAUUCCGCGUGGUCACCAAGAAGAAGAAGACGAAGAAACGUCGCAACUCGCUGAGCGGCACGCGGCACAAGCCGACCAACGCCGCCUCGACGGCCUGCUCGAAGCUGGACGACGCGGCGCAGCGUCGCAGGACGUCCUCGCCGGUGGUGCCGCGCAGGAAGUCCGUCUGCUCGGUGCCGCACAGCGAAAAGUCAAACGACAGCUCUGACGUCGACUCGGUGCACUCGCUGCCGGCGGCGGCCGCCAGCAGCCAGCGGCACAAGGAGGCGCCGAUUUCGUACGCGGACAUCGCGAGGAACGCCGAGAAGAAAGAGCAGCCCAAGAAGCAGUUCGUCGACGCCAAAGUGGGUAGAGACUCGUCGGCGAGCGACCAAAGCGGUUCGCCCAAGGCGCAGCCGCCGGCGACGGUGGAACCGGUGGUGGUGACGGUGAACGCGCAGACGCAGACGUCGCCGCCCAAGGCCGCCGCGCCGCCGCCUGACGUGCACAACAUCAGGAGCUUCCCGGCCAUCGGUAAAACGGCGCAACCGUCGGUCAAGGUGGAUAAGGCGAUAAACACGCCGAGGCCGCUGGUGCGGGCGGCUGUACCCCAACAGUCGGUGCCCAGGGUCGUCCAGUACAACAACGUGAGGAACGUCAAGCCACAGACCGUCGUCGCUUCCUCCCAGACCACCAACAACGCGCCGGAACGGGACAUAAAGACUGAUCUGUCGAUAAUCCAGGCGAACGAGAUGGAGACCGUCCAGUACAACAGCCAGAUGAUGCCCAGGAUGGAGAUACCGGACGUGCAGACCAUCGAAAAGUUGAACUACAUGAGCCAACCGGGCGCCCACAUGCCCCUCCACCUCCAGCACCACGUGGUGCCGCCCCAACACCUCCACAUGGCUCCGCCCCCCCAACAGCGACCCCCGGUCGUCAAUCAACCGCCUCAUCAUGUUGCCAUGAUGAUGCCGCCACCUCCGCAACAACAACAACAGCAGCCACCCGAGAUAUACCACCCGCAGCCCGCCUACAACCCACCCCCGGCCGUCGUGGCCCACCACCAUCAUCACCACCACCAUCACAGCCCCCACCAUCCGUUGGCGUAUCCCCCGCAGGCCUACGAGGGAGUGGCGGUGGCCUACGUCGAUCCCGCCUACAUACCGACGCAGGCGCCUCUAAACCUCCACCAACAACAACCCCCCGUCAAUCACCACCCCCAACCGGAACCCACGACGCCCAGGGACAAACCGCCCAAGUGGGCGGAUCAACCCCAAUCCCAACAGGACUCCAGGACGAAGCCGAAACAGAAGAGAUACGAGAAAUCCCAGGGCCACGUCGAUCGCAGGAAAGACAACGCCCGGGCGGUCGCGUCGCCCGCGUCGUCCCAACCGACCGCGCCCCACCAUCACCCGACCGUGACGUUGUACCGUCGCGGCGACGCCCAGAGGCGGGCGGCCGAGCCCCAACCCCGACCGCCCAGGGCGGACGACUACUGUGAUAGGACCAACGAAACGACGAACGAUUGCGCGAGUAGUGGCGAGGAGGGUCAGGGGGCGGCGGGCGACAGGCCCCCGGUGGUUAUCUUGAGCGGGGCGGCUGCGGCGGCGAAGGACGUGCCCGGCAUCGAGUUCGGUUUCGCCCUGAAUCCGGACCUGGUCGGCAGGGAGGCGACGACGGGGCCGACGACGAACGCCUGCGAGAUAUUCGACCGUUAUUUCAGGUUGCCGCCGGACGCGACCGCUAAUUCGUACAAUCAUGACAAGGUGGUUAAUUAUGUCGGAACAGCUUGGGAGGACGUAUUAAAUUCCGAUAAAGCACAGUACUACGCCAGCUCCCCCUCAAACUAGGACAAUGUGAACACUGAACCGAGAGUGAAUGUGCGCUGUAAAAAUUGUGUGAAAGAUGUAUAUUAUUUAUAUUGAGAAGAAUUUAUAUACUAGUCAAAUGUAGAAAGAGACAAUAUUAUAUUGAAGAGAAACAGUAUAUAUAUAAAUACGAUCGAUCACCAUAGUUGAAAGAAGGAAAGUCGAAAUUUCCGUAAGAAAUGAAAAACUUUCGACAUCUAUAAUAUGUAGAAGAAGUCAUUUGAAAAUCAUCCUCCGACAGGGCAAAUCGAAAUGGGAACAAGAGAUUGUGUAAAAAAAAAAGACUUCAGUCCAAUCGAUAUUUCAGUUGAAUUUUUUCAAAGAUGUACAGAUAGCGAAGAAAUUAAAUGAUGAGCUCGGAGGAUUCUUGAAAGGUAUUCACAUCUUCCUAUUGGAUUAUUUUCGAUGGAAAAUAAUGGCAAUAAUAAGCAUUUCGUUGUACAGACUAAACCUUAGUUUUUUUUUAAAUAGAGAUUUCCCUUGUUAGAAUUGUUUAACGUUGUUAAUUUCAUUGGAUCUGUAUCGGUGAGAAUUUUCCAGGAAUUCCUCGAAGCUUAACCCACGAAUUCGCAACAGUGUAAUAUAUCUGUAUCGUUAGAUUUCGUUUAAAAAAAAAUGUUAUAAAUAAUGUAUGAUAAUUCUUGUAUUAUAGAUUUAAAUGUACCAAAAUAAAUGUAGGCUUUUUCAAAUAACGAAACUGAACCGCUCCAAGAUUCACUUUGAAAUUUUUUUGUAAUUCUUUUAAGACGAUCUGAAUCUUGGAGUCCCCCAGUAUGUUCAAUGUAUACAGGCUGAUUUAUGUGAGGACUCGAUGAUACAGCAUCUUUCUUUUCAUCGAAUUUACAUAUCGAACUUUGUUCGUCGAUUUUCACGGUUAAUUUAAGAUUAAACUGUUGUUGUGUACAUAAAAAUGUUGAUUUAUUGUUUUUGAAUUGUGGUCGAUUCAACGGACAUAUCAUUGGUUUAUGAGUUGAUUCAUCAUCAGGACUUCGUGGAGGAGGGAAAUCCAGACGUUUAAACGUUUUUAGAAACUUGCUGUAUCAGUCGAAUCCGUUAAAAAGAUUGUAUAAUUCGACAAAAAAAUGCACUGUAAACGUUUUCAACUUUUCUCGCAUUUCUUGGAUCGCUUAGUUCGAAUUAAUCGAAGAAGAAGAAGAAAAUAGUUGGAUUUGUUCUAUUAUCGAUGAGAAAAAAACCAUGUAGCAUAUGAAUAUAUAUAACGAUAAGACUACGAGAGAGAGUUAGUCGGUUUUUUAGUUUUUUAAAACUAUAUAGGUAAAGAAAUAUUGUAUAGUUUUGAAAUUUAGACAAAUCUAUCGAAAGAUCAUUUCUAUGUUUCCUAUGAAUUUUUCGCGUUUUAAAAACUUGAAGGUUUCGUUCGAACUCUGUUUUUAAACUUCGGGAUGCUCUUCGCCUUAACUGUUUUUAAUCGAGAAUCCAGUACUUCCAUGAGGCAUUCGGGGAAUUCAUCGAGCAAUACUUUAGUUGGUAGUCGGAUUAAACAAAAAAAAUUAAAACCUUUUCAACUGGGUGUACCUCGAACGAAAAUUCACGUUUUUAGAACCUACCAAGUUCCAAAGUUGUUAUGUUUGUUUUCCUUUUUCAUUUUUUUUUUUUUUUAAUUAUUUUUAUAGAUUAUAUCGCGGAAAUAUUUCGGAAACUGGUCGAGUUCGAAGGAUUUAAAAAUGUUCAAACAAGUCAAUCAAAACGUUGUGAAAAUCAGAUAGUUGUUUAUUUUUUUUUUUCGUUUUCAGGGUAUCUCGAGAGUUCUAAGAUGAAAUUGUUGUUUUUUUGAUUAAUUUGUUGAUCUUUUUAAAUUUCUCACAAAACAAGAUGUUUAUUGCUUUCUCAAUAUACCUUUAUUUAUUAA